UAUGAAAUGUGUCGCUGCUGUUGUGUGCUUCACUGUCACCUUCUCCGUCCUCAUGGUUGGAGAUUAAAGUAGAUGCAGAUCUUCAGCUCACUGUUCUUCAACUCUUUGAAGCUCUUCAUCCCGUUGGGUUUACAUUAAGGGAGGAUCUUCAUCAGGCCGACGCGACUUCAUUUUCAUCCUCAGAUUAAAGCAGCCGAGGUCACAAGUACUUCCUCAGUUUCCCACAAUCCUACACUAUAGAUCAGUUGAAUGAAAGCGUACACUUGGAACCGCAGUGCCAGUCUUCGUCUCGCUUUGGAUUAGUGGUUUUUCUCUUGGGUUUGGCUACUCACAGAGACACUCGUGGAGCUCAUGAAGACUGAACGGGAUGGGGACGCAGUGCUGGAAGAGGACAGCCCACAGGAGCAUGACCUCUACAGCCCUGCGUCUCCUGGCCCGCAGCCAGAGCCUAUCUCCACAUACUUCGAGGAGAAGGUUCCCAUCCCUGAAGAAGACGUAACAAAGCUGUUCAGCUUUCGUAAACUAUGGGCCUUCACUGGCCCGGGUUUUCUGAUGAGCAUCGCAUAUCUGGACCCUGGGAACAUAGAGUCAGAUCUUCAGUCUGGGGCUAAAGCUGGUUUCAAGCUGCUAUGGGUUCUGCUGGGCGCCACCAUCAUCGGGCUCCUGCUGCAGCGGCUGGCCGCUCGACUCGGAGUCGUGACAGGGAUGCAUCUGGCUGAGGUCUGCAACCGCCAUUACCCAACGGUGCCACGUAUCAUCCUGUGGCUGAUGGUAGAGCUGGCUAUCAUCGGCUCUGACAUGCAGGAGGUCAUCGGCUGUGCCAUCGCCCUCAAUCUGCUGUCGGUCGGCAGGAUUCCUCUGUGGGCUGGAGUGUUGAUAACCAUCAUUGACACUUUUGUGUUCCUGUUUUUGGACAAGUACGGUCUGAGGAAGCUGGAGGCGUUCUUUGGGUUCCUCAUCACCAUCAUGGCUCUCAGCUUCGGUUUUGAGUACGUGCGUGUGGCUCCAAACCAGGGUGAGGUGCUGAAGGGCAUGUUUGUGCCGUACUGCAGCGGCUGUGGACCCACACAGCUGGAACAGGCUGUCGGGAUUGUGGGAGCCGUUAUAAUGCCUCAUAACAUCUAUCUGCAUUCUGCUCUUGUCAAGUCACGAGACAUAAACCGAGCUAACAAGAAGGAGGUGAAGGAGGCCAACAAAUACUACUUUAUCGAGUCCUCGAUUGCUCUCUUUGUCUCAUUCCUCAUCAAUGUUUUUGUGGUGGCCGUCUUUGCAGAGGCCUUUUAUGGCAGGACUAACAUGGAAGUGAGUCAGCAGUGUAAUGAAACGGGAAGUCCUCACAGUGAUCUCUUUCCAGCCGACAACAACACACUGGAGGUUGACAUCUACAAAGGGGGCGUAGUUUUGGGCUGUUUUUUUGGCCCGGCUGCACUCUAUAUUUGGGCCAUUGGGAUCCUCGCUGCUGGACAGAGUUCAACCAUGACAGGAACCUACUCGGGUCAGUUUGUGAUGGAGGGUUUCCUAAACCUGCGUUGGUCCCGCUUCGCUCGUGUGUUGUUGACGCGCUCCAUCGCCAUAUUUCCCACUCUCCUGGUAGCAGUCUUUGAGGAUGUCCAACAUCUCACUGGCAUGAACGACUUCCUGAACGUGCUGCAGAGCAUGCAGCUGCCGUUUGCUCUGAUCCCCAUAUUGACAUUCACCAGCCUGACAUCACUAAUGAAUGAUUUUGCCAACGGACUCGUGUGGAAGAUCGGUGGAGGUCUGGUCAUAAUGAUGGUGUGCGCCAUCAACAUGUACUUUGUGGUGGUGUAUGUGACGGACCUCAACAACACCAUCCUCUACGUCUUCUCUGCCUUGCUCUCCAUCGCCUAUCUCAGCUUCGUCCUCUACCUGGUGUGGCGCUGUCUGAUCGCUCUCGGCUUCUCUCGUCUGGAUUUCAGAGGUUCGGUUCAGUUUCCACCCGCCGUUCUUGUGGAUGAACAGCCAGAGUUUGAUUCCUGAACCAAACAUGUGAACACGUCCAAAGGACGAACGUUUGUUUGUUCUUCUAAUGUGAGGAACGUCCUUACUGUAACAAACAGUACAAUCCAAAUAUUUGUCUCUAUUUUCUUUGUUUCCUCGCAUCAGUUCCUGAGCCGUGGCUCUUUGCUUUGCCACAGUUUAUAGAUCUACUAUUGUAGGUCUGGCAGAACUGAUAGUUUAGUUCAUGUAAGUGUAAGUCUACUGUAUUCCUCAAAUAACUUAUUUACUACAACAACUGCGAAAAUAUGCGUUUAAAAUGAUUCCUUACAGAAUGUACACAGAACGGUCUGUGUACAAUCAGUAAAGUCAACAUAAUUUAACAGUACAAAUGAAACACAUAAUUUAUGAUUCACUAACUUAGAAUUGACUCAUUUGCUGAUGAAUGGCAGACUAGAUGAUUUGAACAGUUAUUUAAGGUUCUUAAAGAUUUGUUUGAGUUGCUUUUGUUACCAUGAAUAAGCCGAUGAAGUAUUUUUAUGAGCCGUAGUGAUAUUAACCUGCCUUUUUCACCCUAAAACAUGUUUUAAUACCUGAAGAAAAGAUAAAUAAAAUGAAGAUUAAAAUUUAUUUUAUUUAAGCAACAGUACAAACUGCUUUAAAUGUAAGAACUACAUUAAAUGUGUGUCAGCUUAUGUAUCUGAGUGGUCUGAAACCGCUGUUUGUCUGACAGUUUUUUGUUGUUGUUGUUGUUGUUGUUGUUUUUUCCCUCUCAUUUCAAAGAUUCUGUUAUUAUUGGCUGCAUCCUAAAAUUGGUUAACAGAUUUGCUGGCUUCUUUUGACAAUACUAACAACAGUUUAUGAGCAAGAAACAAGCAAUACAGUUGAUGCAGCUUUUUUAAAGCCCAGAAACAACAAAGUGCCUUGUUUUGUGUCAUGUUCUUAAUUCUGAUGUGUCUUCAUUAGGAGAUGUGACAAGUCAUUGAUCGUUUCCCUCCAAAUCUGAAUAUUUCAUUCAUAUUUUGAAAUGCCAAUGAAUUGAUUUUGAUUGACUGUUUGUGUUUGUAUGGUAAUAACAUGUUAGUUAUUUUGGUGUAUGAGGCAGAUAGUUGUGAUCUGUUCUGCUGCAUGUUUUAAACACAUUCCAUGCUGUUAAACAUGAAGAAACUGAGAAUGAGAUGUAUUUAUGUUUUAACACAUGAACAUGAAACAUAUGCGUUUGUAUGCUGAUGAACCUGACAGGAGUUUGUACACACUGUACGUGAGUUGCUGACAAAUAAUAAAAUCAUCAAAUGUCA